AUGGUCCUCUACACCUCUCCCCAGGGUGUCGCUAUUCGACGUGCCCAGGCUGAUCCAAUUCGUGGUGCCAUUGAGCGCAUCACGGCUGAUCUCAAGGAAUUAAAAGAGUUUCUCCCGAUCGAGAUAUCACCACGACGAAGAGAAAGACUGCAGCAGUUUCUCAACUCCGAGUUAAAAUCCUUGCAUAACCUGCCCUUUGAGCUCUACGAUCAGGAGGCGAAAGUAGACUAUUUACUGGUCAAGAACUAUCUCGAGAGAGAGCUUCGCGGCCUGGAGCUUGGGGCCAAGCAAGACGAAAGACUAGCGUCGCUGUUACCAUUUGCCACUACAUUAGUGACUCUUUGCGAGGCUCGCAUCUUGGUGUUGCCAAUCGACCCGAAGGACACUGCGCAGAAACUGUUCGAGUCUCAAGCGACAAUUGCGUCCGUGAUCGAGCAAGUCAAAGCAAAUGCUGAUGACGUGAUUGUCCCAAAAAACAGUGCCUUUCGAGCAGCAAAUCACAUAAUCUCUUUGAAGGGCCACUUGAAGGAGUGGUUCGGCUUCUACACUGGCUAUGAUCCAACAUUCGACUGGUGGGUGGCGCAACCAUACGCGGUCAUUGACCAGAGUCUACAAGACUUGGCCGCUGCGAUCAAAGAGAUUCUGGUCGAAAUCAAACCAGGAGAUGAUGAUGCUAUAGUGGGCCAGUCGAUAGGGCGUGAGGGACUGCUCUUUGAGCUCAAAGCCGAGAUGAUCCCAUACACGCCAGAGGAGAUUAUCUCUAUCGGUGAGAAAGAGUUCGCCUGGUGCAUCACUGAGUUGAAAAAAGCUUCACGGAGCAUGGGAUACAACGACGACUGGAAGAAGGCCCUAGGAGAAGUCAAGAAUGAUUUUGUUGAACCAGGCCAACAAACCCAGCUUGUUCGAGAUCUCGUGCACGAAGCUGUUUCAUUUGUCGAGGACCACGACCUCGUCACAGUGCCCGAUAUUGCCAAAGAUAGUUGGCAAAUGUUUAUGAUGUCCCCCGAGAGACAAAAAGUGAACCCCUUCUUUCUGGGCGGCGAUUGUAUAAUUGUUUCUUACCCCACUGAUGCGAUGGAUCAUGAAGCCAAGAUGAUGAGCCUGCGUGGAAAUAACAUUCAUUUCUCGCGAGCUACAGUCUUCCAUGAGAUGAUUCCCGGUCACCACUUGCAAAUGUACAUGAACGCAAGGCACAAGCCUUAUCGUUGCAUAUUCGACACGCCGUUCUGGAUCGAAGGAUGGUCCUUAUACUGGGAAUUUCUGCUCUGGAACGACGAGCGAUGGAUCAAGACACCCAAGAACCGCAUUGGUAUGCUGUGGUGGCGACUACAUAGAUGCGCCCGGAUCAUUUUCUCCGUCAACUUUCAUCUUGGUCGAAUGUCACCCAAGGAAUGUAUUGAUCUUCUCGUGGAAGACGUUGGACACGAACGCGCAACAGCCGAGGGCGAGGUUAGGCGCUCAUUGAACGGUGAUUAUUCGCCACUCUACCAGGCCGGGUACAUGUUAGGAGCAUUGCAGAUAUUCGCUUUGCGGAAGGAGAUGGUUAACGGGCGACGUAUGCCGGAGAAAGACUUUCAUGACCGAUUUCUGAAAGGUAACAGAAUGCCGAUCGAGAUGGUGCGGACGCUCAUGCAAGACCAGCCCCUUUCUCCAGAGUUUGAGCCAUCCUGGCGAUUUUACCCUCUUUGA